UGUGUGAGAGGAGUGUGUUGGCAAGAAAGAAAAGAGGUCAACACCUGUCCGAACUAUUUGGUUGCAUCCAGCUGCUGUUCCUGGAGGUCACUUCCUUGCUGAAGACAGCAUCACCGGUCAAUCUUAGAUGUGGGAAAGGAGGUCGAGACGGAUACAGGCAAUGUUGGUUUAGUCCAAUAUUACCAUAUCACCCACACGACAGGCGUAAUAGUGAGAAAGAAGAGGCGGCUCAGCUUGCGUGCCAGGGAGCAGCUGGUCCGUGUGAGGCAUUGAGACUGCUGUUAAUGCAACUACACAAAGCACAGCUGGUUUGAAUUACUAACCCUCCCAUAGGGCGUCGAGCGAUGGCAAACGAUACUAGACUACAAUCUUAAGUGGAAACGACUGCAAACAAAAUAAAACAAGAGCGCUGUGCCUACAUCGUGAUUUGAGUCACUACGUGGCACAUAAGGAUGCUGGGAGUUGGGGAAAUAAAAAUGCAAAUAUGAAAAGUAUGGAACGAUUUAUAAGCUUAGGAUGGAGAGGUGUACCCUCGCGUGUAUGUUUAUAUGUCUGUGUGUGUGUGCUUUGGAGUGGGAAAGGAUGCUCUCACAUAAGCUAACUAGUAGCAUCACUUGACGGCGUGUAGUCAGGAGCCGGCGACCCCGAGCGGCAAAUGUCAGUGCAUCAUGUCAACCUCAGCAGCUGGCCGUGGGGUCUAGUGGAAAGCCUCUCUUAACGACAGCUAAACGCUGCAGAAGUUCACAAUGGCGUACAGGUCACAUAAGCACGCACAUACAUCUCUGCUCUCCCUUGCACCCUCCCUCAUUCCCAACCCCAUCUCAUACUACCCCCACCGUCUAUCCAGCACCGGGCUGCAAGAGCUUUGGUAUUUCACUUCCAUAAAAGCGCCCCAUACAGCUCUCUUUAUCUCUCCCCUGCAACCCCAUCCCCAACCGUCUGCAAACUUGCGCACAAUCGCCUAAAUCUCAGCUACUGCUACCUAGGGUAGCUUACAUGUUAUGCUUCACCCUUGUCUCCAAUGGCAUCGACAUACGAUGCAAGGGAGACCAGCCAGAGGACCGCUUCCCGCAGCACAAACGUACCAUCGAAAACGGUGAGGGGGUGGAGGUGGAGUGGGGAUGGGGCGGAGUAUUUUCCUUUGGCUCCCUCAUCGUUGGCACUGUCAACAGUGAGGGAACGAUCGGCAAAGGCUGUCCUCGAUACAAAGCCAACGUCACUGAUAGGCGCGUGAACCUGUCCCGGCGCGUAUCUUCUAGUGAUAAACAUGUCCCGAGCCCGUUAAGCGUUUCUGGGCCGUCAGCAAACGUCACAUCUCUGCUGAAGACGAAGCCGUGGGAAAGGCAAGAGGGCGCGAGCUUGGGAGAAAAGAACGAUGUGGUGGACCAUCUCAUUUUCAGUGUCUCCUCUCUUGAAGAGCGGUCAUGGACAAGUAUUUUCGUGAAAACAUUGCCUGCCCCACACAAGGCAGUCGACAGACAAGCAUGGAUGAGUGGUGAUGAUAACCUCCUCGCGCCGGGGGUCGGCAACACGACUACCAGGAAAAAACCUGAAGGAUAGCAGACAGCCGGCUUAUCCCUCACCUGAGCUUCAAAACCAUCCCUCUUCCACCCCCGUCCCCCACCCACACCAUCUCCAACAACCCUCAACGACCACGACGCUUGCUUGCACGGCAUGUUGAGAGAUUCAGAUGGGUAGUGCAGGCCACGCCAGACGCCAGCAAACCUCGCACCUGCUUCAGACUGAUAAUAAAUGUUAUCUGCCAGCAAUUCCUCUUGUUUUAUUUAUUUAUUAUUUUUUGAAGUAGAACUAUCAUCAGAAGACGCUGUCACGAUUAUUCACAAGCAAGCUGACAAAAAAAAAAAAAU